AUGUUUGCCGUAUAUUAUGCGGCAAUCACAAGCAUGGAUUCUUCGCAAUGCGUAUCGAUUUUGGGAGAAGAGCGUCAUAUAAUGCUCUCACGAUCCCGACUUGCAAUGGAGCAGGCAAUGGCGCGCGCAAACCUCCUAAAUUGUCAAAGUGUAGUUCUUCUCCAAGCUACUCUCCUCUUCUUGUUGUGCGUGAGGCGGCAAGAUGAUUCGCGCUAUGUAUUGUCAAUGGUAGCCAUUGUAGUCAGGUUGGCUCAAGGACUCGGGGUACAUCGCGACGGGUCAACAUUUGGAUUACAGCCAUUCGAAACAGAAAUGCGGCGCCGCCUCUGGUGGCAUAUUUGUUUGCUUGACUAUCAGGUGGCGGAAGACCACGGUUGUGAUCCAUUCAUCUACGAACCAUUCUACGAUGCACGAAUUCCGCUGAAUAUUAACGACGAUGAUAUUUGCCAAGAAUCAACAGAACCCCCUGAGGAGCGGGUGGAAUGUACAGAAUUAACUUUCCAUCUCAUUCGCUGUGAAAUCAUUGCAAGUGCCCGGAGACUUAGUUUCAUCCCUCCUAGCGUGGAUUGUUCCAGAUCCAGGACUGAUAUGUCGCUAGAAGACAGGCAAAAACAAAUUCUGGAACUGAGUAAACGAAUGGAAGAAAGAUAUGUACAGCAUUGCACCAUGACUACGCCGAUACUUUGGGUGUGUGCAACGAUAGUCCGUCUUGCUCUUACCAGAUUGUGGCUCACAAUCCACGAGCCGCUAAGUGGGAUAGAGAACAGGAGAUUUGGGUUUGCUGAUGAGAAGCACAAUCGCCUCUUCUUGGCCUCUAUUGACGUCGUCGAAUUUUCUUGUUUACUGCAGACUAACGAGAACACGAAGAAAUGGAGCUGGUUAUUUAGAACUCAUACUCAAUGGAGCUCUGUCGCAUUUUUGUUGUCUGAACUUUGUGUACGACCCAUUUCUCCGGCUGUUGACCGCGCCUGGCAUGCGAUAAACUCGGUGUACGAAAUUUGGAACCUCCAAGAGAGAAAAGGAGUGAUUUGGAGGGCUAUUAACAAACUUAUGAAGCGGGCGACACAAAUCCGUGGAACCAAAUUACAGCAACUUCAAACUCAGAUUCAAGAUAGAGAUGAAGGGGCAUAUGAUGGCAAACCUCUUGGCUCGAUUGAUGAUCAUUUGCAACCUCGAUCCGAACGCAGUUCGGAACAUAUAUCGCCUGCAUUACAGGUGCAAGGAAAAAUCAAUAAUAACGUUUAUGGAUUAUCUUCGGGAAUGAAUACGGAUCUAGAUAAAGUAUCCUACAGCCCGUUCGAUAUCCAAACCUCGGUUACUCCCAUACAGCAAAAUGUACAACCACCGCUUAUGUCUGUCCCAUUUUGGGAGCCAGGAGAUGUUUUCUCUCAUUAUUCUGCUGCUGCUGGAAUGUCACCGUUCCUUCAGCAACCCCCACAAAGCCAAGAGCCGAUCCUUGGCUCUGAUGCCCAUUCUUUAAUGUACGAACCAUCGUGGGAUGAUUGGGACCAAGUUGUACGUGAGUUCCGAAUGGAUAUGGCUGAAGGUACCGGGAUGGGUACUAUCCGUGCUCGGGAUUGGCUUGAAUAA